GAGGCGGAUACAUAGGAAGAGAGGGAGGGAGAGAGAACAUCAAAACGAUAGGUAGGCCGAUAAUUCGUAACUCUUCAACCCACGCGACACCCACGUUUCCCCUGUAGGCUCUAAUUCAUUAUUGACAGGGGGAAAUGUACAGUGUGUCGUCCUGCCCCCCCCCCUUGAUAAUACCAUGGCACCGCAGCUGCCAUUUUGUUUUUAUCUUACACGAUAAUAUUUCAAAACUGCAUUGCAUACAUAUGGCAGACAGGCAGAUGGCUGAAUUUGGCAUGCUUAUCCUGGUGAGAUGGAAGGCUAUCUCCCAUCUCCCUGACCGUCACACUGAAACUGGUAUAGCCAUGAGGUAUGCCGAUGUGAAUGUGUCCGCCUUGGCUGGUUGCCGCCGACCGUGGCGAUGACGUCAAAUACUAUUUCAUUCACCGAUUUGAUUUCACGUGCUGUCUCAUUAUUUUCAUUCCCGGCACAGUUCAAAACAAGUCGUUGUACGAUUGGGACUGUCGGCAGACUGCAGACGGUCUGGUCUGAAUGCGCCUUUCAAAGAGGUUCAUCAUUUUGUGAAUGAUUCUACUCUGGAUUACAAUGGAAAGAAUUUUGGACUGAUCAUUGUGAUAGUAAUUUCGAAUAGUAUUAUCUCUGAUCGCACUGGAACUAUUACGGAGACCUCUCCGUCGCUUACUUCACGUGGGUUUCACAUGGUUUUAGAGGCUUUUGUUUUUACAUUCGCAAUAUAACAAGAGACGUUAUUGAACCACGAUGUAAAACGGUGUUUGCAUUAUAGACACUUCUACGAUGGUAAUACCUAACAUGUGUGUCAGAAAAAUCAUUCAAAUCUAUUUUCUCCUUUUCAGCAUCUUAUGUCGUCUUAAUAUUGGCAGAUCUGAAAAUGAUGGAGAUGUGACAUCGCACCGACAAAGAUACAACCAUCCGACGACGGCGGAUCUCGGGAACUAUAUCGUAUGGCAGACAUUGGAAGGUAGUCGACAGGUGACGAUUAAAUCAGGGACAACGUGGAUACAAGAAACUGCAUCAUGGGAAAGAGAAGAGGGACCUCUUGCUGAUUACGUUUUUCGAGAGAUCACAGAUGGGUUAUCGCACGUGGCAGUCGUGUUCGAUGGAUACGGACGAUUAAGGGAAUGUCAAAUCAAUCAAGAUCUAAACAUGAUCGAACAGUUUAUUUUUGACAUAAAAAGCGGCCAUGUUCUUUGUCUUCAAGUUCCAGUCGAAGCAAACCACUUUCUCUUGGAAUUGGGCAAUGAGAAAGAAGAUGACAGUUCACAUGUCCUUUUUACCGACAAGUUUCUUGCAUCUUGGAAGAAUACGUCUUCCGGUGGUAUCCAGGGAUGCAGAAGAUUUUCAAACGUCACCUUUCCUCCGCACCUACUUAGCGCCACAAGCAGAAUGAUCUUCAACUGUCGACGAUUUCUUUCAUCCAUGCAUUCCGACCAUAAUUCGACUACUCUCGACCUAGGUAAUCCGUCGUUCUCCGACAUUCACCUAUCUGGUCGUCGUCGAUCUCGUCGUAGUAUCACCUACCCUGGAACCCUGUGGUGCGGAGCCGGUCAUCGAGCCAAGUCAGAGUAUGCUCUCGGUGACAACACCUUCACCGACCGAUGCUGCAGAUCCCAUGAUUUUUGUCCAAAGGAGAUGCAAAUUCUGGCGUUCAAGACCAAACAUUACCUCACCAAUAAGAACAUGUUUACACUCAGUCAUUGUGCGUGUGAUAAACGAUUUCACAAAUGCCUUCGUCAGGUGCGCAAUGCUGUUUCGUAUGACGUUGGUAAUUGGUAUUUCAACAUCCUACGUUCUAAAUGCUUCGUUGUUCGCCAGAAGAAACAGUGUGUGGAGAAGGAAUGGUGGGGAAAGUGCAAGCGAUAUGAGAAGAGACCUACGGCCUUGUUACGUCAAGCUCAGUCUUUCCCAAAGUCACUGAAGAUGAAUAGAUCAGGUGGACUGAGGAAGAAAUAUCGGAAGGAAGAACCGUGAAAUUCAAAUUUGAUGAGAAUCGAUCAUUCGGUGUUUGUGGAAUAGUUCGGCUUCAUUUGACGUUUGUUUUUGGGAGAAUCAAAACCGCAGCAAUCUACGCAAGAGAAUUAUUGAUCUGUAGAAACCUUCAGUUUUGAUCGUAAAAGAAUGCAGAUCAUGCAGAUGGUGCUUUCCACCCGGCUUUCCAAUAAACUUUUUGGACCCGAUGAUGGAUAUUGUAUUCACGGUGUUUUAUCAGGGUUGAGGCACAUACUGAUCAUCAUACUCCAUUGUUGUUAUAGUCAUUAUUUGAGGUUAUUGUACAUAAUCAAGAAUGAAACAAUCGUAUAUAAAGUGAUUUUUUAAUUAAGUUUGGAAUGUGAACGGCAACUGGGAAUGAUGAUUGGUUACCUAAUUAGCACUACAUGAAGUAGUAGUAGUAGUAUAGUAGUAGUAGUAGUAGUACUACUACUACUACUAGUAGUAGUAGUAGUAGUAGU